AUGCACGUUUGUACAUAUAUAUAUAAAUUAUAAUUUUUUUAGGGCGUCUUCUUAAAUUAUUUUCUGCGUUUAUAAUAGCUGAAUUUUGAAGAAUUGUCCUGUUUGUAGUCUUCUCUUCUCGUCGCGGUUUACGAAAAUAAUCAGUAAACAAAAUACGUACUCUCGUCCACGUAUUUGCCAAUAGUAUUACACUCCUACUGCGCAGAAAUGGUUAGUUUACCAGUUCUUAUUCGAAGAAAAGUGGCUCAAAGAAGACACGCAUUUCAUCUGAAAGAUCAUGGGGUUGAAUUAGAUCUGGCGUAUAUUGAAGAAAACUUAAUUGCCAUGUCAACUAUGGCCAAUGGUGUUCAUAAAAUCUAUAGAAAUGAUAUAGAUGCUGUUUUACGCUUUCUGGAGAUCCGACACCCCGAUCGCUGGCAUGUUUUGAAUUUAUGUGCUGAGCAGCUUGUGUAUGACGACUCGAACUUGAAUGGAAAUGUAACUCGAUUAGGGUUUCAGGAUCAUAGUCCACCUCCGUUUCUGAUGCUGAUUUACAUUGUCCAGUGGAUGCAACAGUUUUAUCAACAGCAUCCUGACUAUGCACUUCUUGUCCAUUGCAAAGCCGGUAAAGGUCGUACGGGAACUGUCAUUUGCAGUUAUCUAAUAGCUACAAAAAAUCUGAGUAGUAUAGAGAGUCAAUCCGUGUUUACUGCUGCACGGAUGACUGUUGGUGAUGGAUUGACUAUUCCAUCUCAAAUUCGUUAUGUCCAGUACAUGGAGUUAUAUCAACAACAGAAAGGUAAACUUUUAGAAUUAUUAGGAACAAAGCUUAAGAUUAGUUCUCUUGAUCUUCAAGGCAUUGGGUCAGGAAACUCACUAAAAAUUUCCCUUCACAAUUUUAAUGAUAAGCAUUGCAAAGGACCAUCCAUAUGGAAAACCAAUUACUGUCAAAAAAGCAAGCACUCUUCUAGAUAUGAUUCUCAAACCAUCCUAAAUCACAAGGACAUUGCUGUUGACACGGAUACAGACAUCGGAAUUUUUAUUUCUCGAAAAACCGGUUUUGGCAGACAACAAUUGGUUCGGUGCUGGAUUAACGCAGUAAUGGAACACGUUGGAAAACAAGAGGAUACGGAAAACCCUAAUAUGUUUGUUAUUUUGAUAUCUUGGGACUCUUUUGAUCAAGCUUAUAAGUAUCCAGUGCCAUGGUUUGAAACUGUCACUUUAAAUAUCAACAUUUAAUACCGCAAGAUACAUUUAAUUAAUACGAAUUCGUAACUGUGAAUAUCAUUAUCUUGUUCUUAGACUUCGUAACAUAAAAUGUACAUUCUGUAUUAAUAACCCAACUGACGCCUCCAGUGC